UACUUUUUUUUUUUUUUUUUUAGCUCUUAGGGCUGAACUGUUUGGGUUUUUCUUUCGGUGCCCAGCCCCUGUUUCCCUCCCCGGCUUCCCUGGCGAGCGCGGAGCCGCGGCCCUCGCGCGUCUCUCCGCUCCAGCGCCCCUCGGCGCCUCCUGCCCGCGGGGAGCGCGGGCGCCGCGCCGCCCUUAAAGACGGGCCAGGGCCCGGGGCUGUGACCGGCUGGGAUCCGGCCCUCGCCUCCUUCUUCGGCGGCGCUGGGGCUCCCUGGCCUUUCUUCAGUGCGGACCAAGAAGCGAAAGCGGAUCGUCCUCGGCUGGGCUGCCACCGCCUCCUGGACUCAGCGCACCCCCGCCCCACGCACCCACCCACCAUCCACCCGGCCCUGCCAGGCCGCGGCGGCCGCCAGGAUGUUCGCCGCCGGGCUGGCCCCCUUCUAUGCCUCCAACUUCAGCCUCUGGUCGGCCGCCUACUGCUCGUCGGCCGGCCCGGGCGGCUGCUCCUUCCCCUUGGACCCCGCUGCGGUCAAGAAACCCUCCUUCUGCAUCGCAGACAUCCUGCACGCCGGCGUUGGGGAUCCGGGAGCGGCCCCGGAGGGUCUGGCCGGGGCCUCGGCCGCCGCCCUCACUGCGCACUUGGGCUCGGCUCACCCGCACUCCUCUUUCCAAGCCGCCGCCAGAUCCCCGCUUCGACCCACCCCGGUGGUGGCGCCCUCCGAAGUCCCGGCUGGCUUCCCGCAGCGGCUGUCUCCGCUCUCGGCCGCCUACCACCACCACCACCCGCAGCAGCCACCGCAUCAGCAACAGCCUCCGCCCGCCCCCCGCGCGGGCGCCCUGCAGCCCCCUGCCUCCGCGGCGCGGGUGCUUCCCGGCCACCAGAGCGGCUCGGCCCCGGCGCCCUCCAGCAAGGACCUCAAAUUUGGAAUUGAUCGCAUUUUGUCUGCAGAAUUUGACCCAAAAGUCAAGGAAGGCAACACCCUAAGAGAUCUCACGUCCCUGCUAACCAGCGGGCGGCCCGCGGGGGUGCCCCUCCCUGGCCUGCAGCCCUCCGCUGGCCAGUUCUUCGCGUCUCUAGAUCCCAUUAACGAGGCUUCUGCCAUCCUGAGUCCCUUAGGUUCGAACCCGAGAAAUUCAGUUCAGCAUCAAUUUCAAGACACGUUUCCAGGUCCCUAUGCUGUGCUCACGAAGGAUACCAUGCCACAAACGUACAAAAGGAAGCGCUCAUGGUCUCGCGCAGUCUUCUCCAACCUGCAGAGGAAAGGCCUGGAGAAAAGAUUUGAGAUUCAGAAGUAUGUGACCAAGCCAGACCGAAAGCAGCUGGCCGCGAUGCUGGGCCUCACGGAUGCCCAGGUGAAGGUGUGGUUCCAGAACCGGCGGAUGAAGUGGCGGCACUCCAAGGAGGCCCAGGCCCAGAAGGACAAAGACAAGGAGGCCGGCGAAAAGCCCUCCGGCGGGGCCCUGGCUGCCGACGGCGAGCAGGAGGAGCGGAGCCCCAGCCGCUCCGAGGGCGAGGCCGAGAGCGAGAGCAGCGACUCGGAAUCCCUGGACAUGGCCCCCAGCGACACGGAGCGGACCGAGGGGGCCGAGCGGCCUCUGCACCAAACAACGGUUAUCAAGGCCUCGGCCGCCGGCCCCCUGCUCAGCGCCAGCAGCGCUGCGAGUGGUGGAAGCACCGGCGGCGGCGGCGGCGGCUUGAGCUUCUGCGGCCUCAGUAGCGCCAGCAGCCUCGGCAGCGGCGGCGGCAGCGGCCCGGAGCUGCUCCCUGCUCCCCAGCCCGCCCAGGGCAGCGCCCCGCAAAGCCCCGAGCCCUCCCAGGCGCCGCUCGGCGGCCUAUAGACUGGACCGGUGCGGAGGGCCUGGGGUCCUGAGCGCGGACUGCCGGCCUCCCACUGCGGCCGGAUUUGAAGCCUACUUUACAUGGGCGGUGGGGCCGGCGGGAGACGCAGCGGAGGAGCCUCCGGCCUUGGGUUGUAGCUCGCCUCCCGCUGCCCCGCUGGUGCUGCCCACCAAGCACGGAGCCGAGGGGAGUCUCAGCGUUCCCCUCCGAAGGCUCCCAGCGCCGGCCGAACACUUCUCCUCGGAUGCGAACAGCUCACAACGGGAAAACGUUGGACUAAACAGUCUUCCCCGAACAGGGGGUCGUGGCGCAAAGACGUACUGCACUUAGGACGCCACAAACUUGUAAAUAAAAUGUUUACUACGGUU